AUGACAUUUCUAUUGUUUGUUUUAGCCACUCUCUUCAAAGGAUUCUUUUCAUUUUAUGAAAAUUUUGAUUUUCAAUCAUCUGUAAUAACAUUACUUGAACGUCAAAAUACAUUAAAGUCAUUAUUGAUUCAAGCUGGUAAAGAUAAAGAAUGGCCAAUAUACCUUGAAAAUCCACUUGUACCAUCAAUGAAUGCAUCAAAAAAUCUCGUUGAAUCUGAAGGUGAACGAUUUCGUCAAACAUGCUCAAAAGCAUCAGAGAUAUUAUCACAAUCAUCUAAAAAUCUUCUAUCAUUAUUUGAAGAAUGUCGACAAUCAUUACCUGAUGAUCUUAUUGCACGUGCUUAUCCAGCACCUAUAUCAAUAAUGCCUAAUUUAGAAACAGAUAUUGAUCAAGAAGAAAUAUCAACCAUAAGAGAUAUGCAACAAGAACAAAUUGAGCAAGUAUUUGAUCAUACUCAUCAUCAUGUUGUUAAUUCAUGA